AUGCCAAAUGCGACGGAUGCCAAGCCAAAUAUUACGUUAUCUAUAACAGAGAUUGCAGAAUUUUCAUCAACCAUCGUCUAUUUAUUAUGGCAUGUUCGACGACAAUCAGUAAUGGAUUUGCAUUCUAGUUCAAGAACUGGAGUAAUGUCUACUAUAACCAACGCUAAGCAAAUAAGAACUACGGCUGAUAUGGCCAACAUGACAAGUACAGCAUUCAAAAAAUUUUGCAGACAGAUAUUAAGUGCGACACAACUUUCAGAAUCCGUAGUAUUAUUAUCACUAAAGUAUAUCGCCAUAUUGCUGCACAACAGCCCUGGAAUAAAGGGGGCAGAUGGUUCAGAAUACCGCUUAUUUACUGUAGCACUGAUGCUAGCAAAUAAAUAUUUGGACGAUAACACAUUUACCAACAAAACAUGGUCAGAAGUGUCAGGGAUGAAAGUGACUGAUUUAAAUAUUAUGGAGCUAGAGUUUCUGGAUGUCCUUCAGUUUAGACUUUCGAUUAAAAAGGAAGAAUAUGAAAGGUGGAGGAUAGCUUUGUUUGAUUUUAGGAGUCAAUUGCUUGGUAUCUCCAAAAAUGCACAAAAGCAGAGAAUAAUGGAAACAAUCGCAAUAUCUACCUAUCCAUUACAGUGGCCACAGCAACAACAGAGACACUUUCUUCCUCAUCCUACUUAUUAUCUAGAACAACAAAAAAUAUCCAUGAUAUCACCUGUCAUGCCUACUCCUGCCACUCGGGAUUUCCAUCUCUUUUCUAAAUCCCAACAAAAGUACCCUCAAUCAAUUAUCCAUGGGCCACUUACUAGAGUACAACUGAAAAUACCACCACAUCCAGUUUACCAACGAGUGCCUGCUACAUCUUCUGCGCCAGUGGUGUUUAAUCCUUUUAAUGUAUAUAAUCCACGUUCCUCAUCAUUGUCCUCAGCCAUCAAAGGCGAGCAUAAUGAAACGAAUACUUUCUAUACUAAUAAGGGACGACCAGUAGCACCAAAUAUGUCUCAAUCAACCUACAUAUCAUACCCACAAAGAUCAUGCACUCUGCCUUCAUCGAAGCCUGUUUAUCUCAAUAGCCGUACAUCUUCAUUACCUAAAACUGAUGAGCAUGUCGUUGAUAGUAAUGAUAAUAAUGAUAAUAAUGACAGUAAUAGCAGUAGCAGCAAUACCACUUUAAUAUACAUAUAA